UUGGCGAGUGCGGAGGGGCCUCGUGGAGACGACAUCCGUCGAUUCCUCGCUGUGAAUCGACUCUGCGCUGCUUGUACUUGAGCUUUGGGGCGAUGUUGAGGCAUCUGCUCUCAUGGCUGGCUACUGGUUUGUUAAGCCAGGUCAUCUCGCGGUUCUCGAGUCCUCUCUCAUGAACGCAAUACGUGUUUUUGGGUAUGGUCACUGCGCCAACCCGUGUGGAUUGUACACGCUUGUGGUGUGGAUCCUGAGCGGUUUGCAUGCUGCGAUUUUGAACUCUGCGACCCGAGUUUGAUUCCCAAUCGGGGCCCACACCAGAUGAGGCUUUUUCUUAACGAGUCCUGGACCUUCUCUAGGUCGAUGUGGCCGCAAAUGAGCACUUGGUGUGUACACCUCUCCACGUGGGAAGCAACAGUCGCGGGGCGUGGUGCUGGCGAUCUACCCCCUCGUGUGCUGUACUGGUUGCUAACAGUCGCAAGGUUAUAUCGGUAAUCGAGCUUUAUCUGGAGUACAAUUAAUGUACACUAUGUUCAGUGAUAAUCUCGAGAUGCCUUCAUCUGCUGCCGCCAUGGAGGAUCUGAGCACUGUGAUGGACAUCUUCGUGCACGAGUUCUGCGCCAACUGUGAAGGAGGCGUGGGGAGCGUCUCCAUGACGAAGCACGUGCUGCAGAAUCUGCUCGUGAAGCACAUGAGGACCUACCUGGCGGGUGCGUGUGACCCGGAUGAAGUGCGCAAGAUCAUGGGGGAUCUUCACGAGAACCAAGGCGCCAGCGUGGACUUCCAAGCGUUCAUGGUCACGCGGACGAGGAUCCUCGUGGCCGGCCAUGCCCCGUUCCAGGAGCGCGUGUUCCUCACCAAGGGGCCAUGUGGCCCGCCAAUUUCUGUAGAUAAACCUUAAAUCUCUUAAAAUGAAACGAGGUGAAUAAUAAAAUCGCUGGCAAACUGGUCCUGGUCUUCGUGAUUCAUGCGUGUGACCUCAUUGGUGUUGCGAUGUACGGGCUUAAUAUUGUUUAAGAACAGCUCCGUCAUAGGUGACACGACACCCAAUGAUUAGUGCCCCCCUUUUUUUCAUUAACGAUGUAUAGGCAUAUCACGGAAAGAAUCUGAUUUUUAAAUCGGCCAAGCUCACGCCUGAGCUUUCGGAUUUGGAAAGUGUGCUACCAGCGUGCCCGUUCACACUAUACAAGGUUUCUCGAGCGAUGCAUAACUAUAAACUAAUCUUGUCCAAAGCUAUAUACUACGAGAAGGCCAUUGAAUGUCUAAAUCGGGGGUUUCAAACUUGCGGGCCAAUUGCGGACCGCGGAACGAUAUUUUGU